AUGGAGGUAGACACUCACACCGAAGAAAAUGCCCCGACAGCUCCAGAACAAACAACCGAGUCGGCCCCACCUAUACCGCCAGCGGAGGAGGACGUCGAAAAAACCGCAAGCAAGACUAAGAAGCCGGUUGAGCUCGAAUGGGAGACAGGGAAGUCUCUAUUGCCACUUGUACGUGUACAGAAGAUUUUGAAGGCAGACAAGGAGCUACCCACAGUGUCAAAGGAGGCGGCGUUGAUUAUAUCAAUAGCUACAGAAAAGUUCAUCAAACUGCUGGCGGAAGCAUCUCAUCAGGUGGCGAAGAGGGAGAGCAGGGUGACAGUACAGCAGAAAGAUAUCGCUUCGGUGGUGCGUAGAGAAGACGGGUUUUUGUUCUUAGAAGGUAAGUUGUUUGCUCGAACAAUCGGGUUGAAUCGUGCUUAG